AUGUUGACCAAAUUCGAGACCAAGAGUAACAGAGUGAAGGGUCUCAGCUUCCACCCGAAACGACCAUGGAUCCUCGCCAGUCUCCACAGCGGCGUCAUCCAGUUAUGGGAUUACCGCAUGGGAACCCUCAUCGACAAAUUCGACGAACACGACGGUCCCGUUCGCGGCGUCCAUUUUCACAAUUCUCAACCCCUCUUCGUCUCCGGAGGUGAUGAUUACAAGAUCAAGGUUUGGAACUACAAACUGCAUAGAUGUUUGUUCACUCUAUUAGGUCAUUUAGAUUACAUCCGGACCGUUCAAUUUCAUCAUGAGAGUCCUUGGAUUGUGAGUGCUAGUGAUGAUCAAACCAUUCGCAUCUGGAACUGGCAGUCAAGGACCUGCAUUUCUGUUUUGACUGGGCAUAAUCAUUAUGUUAUGUGUGCGCUUUUUCAUCCUAAGGACGAUCUUGUUGUGUCUGCCUCGUUGGAUCAGACUGUUCGGGUUUGGGAUAUCGGGUCGCUUAAGAGGAAGAACGCCUCUCCGGCUGAUGAUAUACUUAGGUUGAGUCAGAUGAAUACUGAUCUUUUUGGUGGGGUUGAUGCUGUUGUUAAAUAUGUCUUGGAAGGGCAUGACCGGGGUGUUAACUGGGCUUCUUUUCAUCCGACGCUGCCUCUUAUUGUUUCUGCUGCUGAUGAUAGGCAGGUUAAGAUUUGGAGGAUGAAUGACACAAAGGCGUGGGAAGUAGAUACUUUGAGAGGGCAUAUGAAUAAUGUUUCAUGUGUAAUGUUCCAUGCCAAACAGGAUAUCAUUGUGUCAAAUUCUGAAGACAAAAGUAUUCGCAUAUGGGAUGCAACAAAGCGAACUGGAAUUCAAACAUUUCGCCGUGAACAUGAUAGGUUUUGGAUUCUCGCUGCACAUCCUGAAAUGAAUUUGUUAGCGGCUGGUCAUGACAGUGGUAUGAUUGUUUUUAAGUUGGAGAGGGAAAGGCCUGCCUUCACGGUUAGUGGGGAUUCUUUAUUCUACACAAAAGAUCGGUUCUUGUGUUUCUAUGAAUUCUCAACACAAAGAGACGUGCAAGUACUUCCAUUUCGACGACCGGGUUCUUUAAGCUUGAAUCAAAGUCCAAAGACUCUUUCCUAUAGCCCAACUGAAAAUGCAUUUCUGUUGUGUUCAGAUGUAGAUGGUGGAUCUUAUGAGUUGUAUUGCAUAUCAAAGGAUGGUUAUGGUAGGGGAGAUGUGCAAGAUGCAAAAAAAGGUCACGGGGGAUCCGCAGUCUUUGUUGCUCGUAAUCGGUUUGCUGUGCUUGAGAAGAGCACCAAUCAAGUCCUUAUCAAAAGUUUGAAGAAUGAAAUUGUUAAAAAGAGCGCCCUUCCAGUUGCCACUGAUGCUAUAUUCUAUGCAGGAACAGGUAACUUACUUUGUAGGUCUGAAGAUAGGGUUGUUGUGUUUGAUCUUCAACAGAGGAUUGUUCUUGGUGAUCUCCAGACCCCUUUUAUCAAAUACGUUGUCUGGUCUAAUGACAUGGAACAUGUUGCUUUGCUAAGCAAGCAUGCCAUUAUAAUAGCUAGCAAGAAGCUUGUGCACCAAUGCACUCUCCAUGAAACAAUCCGUGUAAAAAGUGGAGCUUGGGAUGACAAUGGUGUUUUCAUUUAUACUACACUAAAUCACAUUAAAUAUUGUCUUCCCAAUGGAGAUAAUGGGAUUAUAAAAACACUGGACGUUCCCAUUUAUAUCACAAAGGUUUCAGGAAACAUAAUCUUCUGUUUGGACCGGGAUGGAAAAAGCCGUGCUAUGAUUGCUUAUCUUCAACAGAAGGGCUUUCCUGAGGUGGCCCUGCAUUUUGUGAAAGAUGAAAAAAUUCGGUUCAAUUUGGCUUUAGAAAGCGGGAACAUUCAAAUUGCAGUUGCAUCAGCCACUGCAAUUGAUGAGAAAGACUACUGGUAUCGUUUAGGGGUUGAAGCUCUUCGCCAAGGUAAUGCUGGCAUAGUAGAGUAUGCAUAUCAGAGGACAAAAAAUUUCGAGAGGUUGUCUUUCCUUUAUCUUGUAACGGGCAACUUGGAGAAACUUUCAAAAAUGUUGAAAAUUGCUGAAGUGAAGGAAGAUGUAAUGGGCCAGUUUCACAAUGCCUUAUAUAUGGGUGAUGUUCGAGAACGCGUCAAGGUCUUGGAGAAAGUGGGCCAUUUGCCUCUUGCUUACAUAGCUGCAUCAGUCCAUGGGUUGCAUGAUGUUGCUGAACGGCUUGCAACUGAACUAGGAGAUAAUGUUCCAUCUUUGCCUAAGGGGAAAGUACAGUCUCUCUUGAUACCUCCUUCACCCGUCAUGGGUGGAAGUGAUUGGCCCCUUCUUAGGGUUAUGCGAGGCAUGUUUGAUGGCGUGUUUGACAAUACAGGUCGGGGAGUUGCCGAUGAAGAAGAGUACGAGGCUGCUGAUGGAGACUGGGGUGAGGGGCUUGACAUAGCUGAUGUGGAUGCCUUGCAAAAUGGAGAUGUUGCUGAAAUUUUGGAACACGGAGAAGUGGCUGAAGAAAAUGAUGAAGGUGGAUGGGAGAUGGAAGAUUUAGAGCUGGGCCCUGAAGCCGACACCCCUAAAGCUUCUAUUGGCACACAGUCUUCAGUUUUUGUCGCACCACCACCUGGCAUGCCAGUAAGCCAUAUAUGGGUGCAGAAAUCAUCACUUGCGGCUGAGCAUGCAGCUGCUGGAAAUUUCGAUACUGCAAUGAGGUUGCUGAACCGACAACUUGGGAUAAGGAAUUUUGCCCCCUUAAAAUCCAUUUUUCUCGAUCUUCAUACUGGCAGUCAUUCCUAUUUGCGUGCAUUUUCAUCUGCUCCAAUCAUAUCACUUGCAGUUGAAAGAGGUUGGACCGACUCAUCUAGUACAAAUGUGAGAGGCCCCCCAGCUCUUCCUUUCAAAUUAUCCCAGCUGGAUGAGAAGCUUAGAGCUGGUUAUAAGUUUUUUACUGCUGGCAAAUUCACCGAGGCUCUUAAGACAUUUGUUAAUAUUCUUCAUACAAUUCCUUUGAUUGUGGUGGAGUCAAGGAGGGAAGUGGAUGAUGUGAAGGAACUGAUUAUCAUAGUCAAAGAGUAUGUUUUGGGUCUGCAGAUCGAGCUGAAGAGAAGAGAAACUAAGGACAAUCCAGUGAGACAGCAGGAACUUGCUGCGUAUUUCACUCACUGUAACUUUCAGGCACCUCACUUGAGGUUAGCUUUGUUGAAUGCAAUGACUGUCUGCUACAAAGCUAAGAACCUUGCCACCGCUGCUAACUUUGCUAGGAGGCUGCUUGAGACAAAUCCCACCAUUGAAAACCAAGCGAAGACAGCAAGGCAAGUGCUGGCAGCUGCGGAAAGAAAUAUGACUGAUGCCACACAGUUGAACUAUGACUUCCGAAACCCAUUUGUUACUUGUGGGGCAACAUAUGUGCCAAUCUAUCGAGGACAGAAGGAUGUUGCUUGUCCUUAUUGUACUUCCCGUUUUGUGCCAACCCAGGAGGGGCAGCUUUGUGCUGUUUGUGAUAUUUCAGUGAUAGGGGCUGAUGCUUCUGGACUGCUAUGUUCACCUUCCCAGGUACGCUGA